AUGGCGCUUCCACAACUGCUUCUCAUCGGUGCCUUCAUCAAGUUCUUCAUCUUCGGCGAAGCACCACCACCCCCGUCGCGCGGACUGUCGAAUCGCACAACCCACCGCCGCUACAGCUCAGUCUACAACACAACCCAAGACCAAAAGACACUCCGAGAGAAACCAUCAAACUCCAAUGUCCUCCGUCCAGUGCCCGCCUCCUCCACAAACACCCGCUCCAUCCUACGAAAGACAUACUACAGCGCCAUCCCAACCAACCCGGCCAAACAUGGCCGCCAUCGGAUGCACCACUCCUCCCACCAGCCCGAGUCCCUGGACUGGUUUAACGUAUUGAUCGCGCAAACAAUAGCGCAAUACAGACAAACAGCAUACUCCCUCAAGGACUCCCCAACCUCCUCAAUCCUAAGCUCCCUAAACGCAUCUAUGAACAACCCGGAAAAGAAACCGAGCUUCAUCGACAAAAUCACCGUAACAGACAUCUCCCUCGGCGAAGAAUUCCCCAUCUUCAGCAACUGCCGCAUCAUCGCUGUCGACGACCCCACCAAUGCCGACGGCGGCAGACUCCAAGCCCUCCUGGACGUCGACCUCAGCGAUGACAACCUAUCAAUCGCAGUCGAAACCCAACUAGUCCUCAACUACCCGAAAGCCCGCUCCGCCAUCCUACCCGUCGCUCUCUCCGUCUCAGUCGUGCGCUUCUCAGGAACACUAUGCAUAUCGCUCAUCCCAGCAUCCACAGACCCAGUCGGCCUCCACACACCCGCAACAUCGCCAGGCCCGAAUCAAGAACCCUCCAACCCCUUCCCGGGCUCACCAGGCUCAACCGAGUCCCGCGACACAAAUCCUCCAAAGAGCAGCCCCAAGAGCAACGUCGCCUUCUCCUUCUUACCAGACUACCGCCUAGACCUCUCCGUCCGCUCCCUAAUCGGCUCCCGCAGCCGCCUCCAAGACGUGCCAAAAGUAGCCCAACUCGUCGAAGCGCGCGUGCACGCCUGGUUCGAAGAGCGCGUCGUCGAGCCACGCGUCCAAGUCGUCGGCCUCCCAGAUCUCUGGCCGCGAAUGGGCCGAACGGGCGUACGUACAGGCGAAGACUCAGACGCCGGCUCGACCGCGCCCCCGCGCAGCGCGGGGUCAGCAGAGGGCCCGAUACGCUUCGAUAGUGAGGCGGAGGGGUUGAGAUUCCGUGGACCGCUGGAUCCGAGGUUGGGGGGGAUUGGCGGGGUCGCGGGGUAG